ACAAUGUCCAAACCAAACCGAAAACCGACAGAAAAACCCUAAUUUCAACCUAAAACCUCGUCUUCAUCAAGACUUUAUCCGCCUCCUCGGUUCCAAAGAAUUUGCCCUAACCUCUCAAAUUGAGACUAAAGCACCCCCUUAGCUCUCUUCUACCCUCGUAAAGCGUUGACCUUUAGACUUAGUUAUGGGGAAAGAGAGCAAAGCCAUGACCUUGAAACCGGAGCAGAAGGUUAUUACUCUCCGUUCGGUGGCUCAGUACUUGGAGCGAUGUGGGUUUUCUAAAUGCUUCAAGAAACUUCUCUCCGAAGCUGAAAUCGAGAAGAAGGAAUUGGACAGUAGCUUACCGGAUCUAGAUGAAGUUUACUGCCAGUUUUUUAACAAGAGUUGUAUUGAAGCUGUGGAGGUAAAAGAAUCUGGUGAUGAUGAUAAUGAGGAUGGGAAGAAGAAGAAGAAGAAAGCAGCAAGUGUAGAUGAGAAGAAAGAAGUUGCUGAGGUGAGUGCAAUGGAAGGCGUAGAGAAGGUUAAGAAGGAGAAGAAGAAGAAAAAGAAGGAGCCAAAGGCGGAGGAGAAGGUCAAAGAGGCUGAUGCUGAGAUUGAAGACGGAGUGAAAGAGAAAAAGAAGAAGAAGAAAAACAAGUCCAAGUCUAGUGAGGCUGAGUCUUUGGUGGUUGAUGAUGACAAGGAGAAAUCCUCCAAGAAAAGGAAAAGAUCAGAGCCUGAAGAGACAAAAGAAGAGACCGAGGAAGAGGAUGUUGAGGAUUCAAAACGUAGGAAGAAGGAAGAGAGUGUAGUAGAAGAAACACCUGUUAAGAAGGCUGAUGUUGAGGAGAACGGUGACGUUGAGAAAAGCGAAAUGAAAUCAGGAAAAGGACUAUCUAACUCAAAAGAGCCAAAGAAACCUUUUCAGAGAGUGAACGUUGAAGAAGUUGUCUUCACUGACGAGAGGCUUAAAGACAACUCUUAUUGGGCAAAGGAUGGUGCUGAUGUGGGUUAUGGUGCUAAAGCUCAAGAGGUUCUAGGGCAAGUCAGAGGGAGGGGUUUCCGACAUGAGAAGACGAAGAAGAAACGAGGAAGCUACAGAGGAGGAGAGAUCGAUCUUCAGUCACAUUCGGUUAAGUUUGAGUACUCAGACGACGAAUGAUAAGCAACACUUAUCUUUAUCAUUGUUUCCCUUUGCUUCUCUUUUUAAAUUAUCAUCAUCACCAUCUUUUUCUUUUGCUUUGCUUAUUCCAAUAUGUAAAACGAUUCAGAUCUUAUUACCCGAAACAGGGUUCAAGUUUUGUCUGUGUCGAUUGUCUCAUUUGAAACUUGUAAGAACAUGAAUCUGUUUCAGUUUCUUGAUCUCUAAAUUUGUAGUUUUUUGUCACUGCACUUUGAGAGAGCAGCUAACUUGCUUCGGAAGCUGGGCUUUGGGCCUGUAUAUUAGUAGAUUUGGGCUCAGUUUGCUAUAUAUUAUCCAAAAG